CUCCGGGUGGCGGCGGGCACAGCCGGGCUGGGCAGGGCCUCCAGUGAGGGGCCCGGCUGGGGCUGGUCCCCACGGGCCCCGCGUGUGGGCACAGCACUGGGUGUAAAGAAGCAUACAACAAAGAACAAAAAUGAAGGAUCUUUUGUAAAUCCCACAGAAAAGGACCUCUCCGAUGCUGAAUCUGCAAGUACGGGGUAUGACAACCCUUCUUUCCAACAUGAUGAAGACCUUGAACAUAGUGACCAGUUAAAGACCAAGAAAAAAAGAAGGAAAAAAGCCAGAGAAAAAGGUGGUUGGCGUUUUUGAACUGUUUCGCUAUGCUGAUUGGUUGGAUAUACUUUUGAUGGUAGUUGGCUUGAUCGCAGCCGCUGCAAAUGGUACUGGAUUACCACUUAUGAUCAUUGUCUUUGGAGAUAUGACAAACAGCUUUGUGCUAAGUGGUGUGAAUUCAAAUGCGUCAAAAGAUACUUCAGUAAAUAGCUCCAUCUGUCCAUCAAUUCCAGGUAUAGAUAUAGAAGCUGAAAUGACAAAGUUUGCUUACUACUAUGUGGGAAUUGGCUUUGCUGUGUUGAUCCUGAGCAUGAUCCAAGUAUGGACAUUUUUGGUUGCUGCUACGAGGCAGUCAGCAAGGAUCCGUCAGAAGUUCUUUUUUGCAGUGCUCCAUCAGGAGAUGGCUUGGUUUGAUAGUACCCAGAUAGGAACACUGAACACCAGACUGACGGAUGACAUCAACACCAUCCAUGAAGGCAUCGGAGACAAGAUCUGUAUAUUCGUACAGUUGUUUGCCACAUUUCUGGCAGGGAUUAUUAUAGGAUUCAUCCACGGGUGGAAGCUGACACUGGUGAUUUUGUCAGUCAGGCCCUCUUCUAGCUGCAUCAGCAGCAGUUGGUCAACUCUUCUGGCAUCUCUUACUGCUAAAGAGCUGUCUGCUUAUGCCAAAGCAGGAGCCGUGGCAGAAGAAAUUUUGACUGCGAUCAGGACAGUUGUGGCUUUCAAUGGACAGCAGAAGGCAUUAGCAAAGUAUGAUGCUAACCUAGAGCUGGCUAGAAGCGUUGGAGUGAAAAAGUCCAUUACCACCAAUGUAUCUCUAGGUGUUUCACAGUUUCUUAUUUGAUCCUAUGCUCUUGCAUUUUGGUAUGGAACCAGCUUCUCUCUCUCUCUCUCUCUCACUCUCUCUCUCUCUCUCUUACAGGUGUUCUUCUCUGUGCUUGUUGGAGCCUUCUCCUUGGGACAGGCAGCUCCCAACUUGGAGAGUGUGUCUAAUGCACGUGGGGCUGCCUAUGAAGUAUAUCGAAUUAUCAAUAAGCAAUAUAUUAAAACCUCUUUCCAGAAAACGGCUUAUAGACAGCAGUUCUAAGGAAGGCUACAACCUGACAAGCAUAGAGAAAUCGAAUUCAGAAACAUACAUUUCAGUUACCCAUCCAGACCUGAUGUUAAAAUUCUCAAAGGUCUAAACUUGAAAGUUCAAACUGGGAAGACCAUUGCUUUAGUUGGUGCUAGUGGCUGUGGAAAAAGCACUAGUGUUCAGUUGCUGCAGAGAUUCUAUGAUCCUGACCAAGGAGAAGUUAUCUUAGAUGGUCAGGAUAUUCGGACACUUAAUGUAAAGUGGCUAAGAGAAAAUAUUGGUAUUGUGAGCCAGGAGCCUGUUUUGUUUGCAACAACAAUAGCUGAGAACAUUCGCUAUGGCAGAGAAGAUAUUUCUGAUGCUGAAAUUGAGCAAGCAGCCAAGGAAGCCAAUGCUUUUGACUUCAUAUCUAGACUGCCUGAUAAAUUUAACACCAUGGUAGGGGAGAGAGGGGCUCAGCUGAGUGGGGGACAGAAACAAAGAAUAGCUAUUGCUCGUGCCCUGGCAAGAAAUCCUAAGAUUCUUCUUCUGGAUGAAGCUACAUCUGCACUGGAUACUCAGAGUGAAUCCAUAGUGCAAGCAGCUCUUGAUAAGGCUCGGACUGGACGUACCACUAUUGUGAUUGCUCACAGACUGUCUACCAUCAGGACUGCUGACACUAUUGCUGCAUUUGAGAAAGGAAUUGUGGUUGAGCAAGGAACACACAGUGAACUCAUGUUGCAGAAGGGAGUCUACUAUUCCCUUGUAAUGCAGCAAGGCUGUAGCAAUAAUGCUCAAGACGAUGGUGCAUCAGAAGAAGAUGAAAAGACAGAAGAUGAGGAAUAUGAGGAAAAUGACAGAAGUGGUUUUGUGGAGGAACUGACCCUUCAAGAUCGUUCUGAAGAAUUGGUGGUCUCUGGGAGAAGCAGCAUUCGUAGAAGAUCUAGCAGAUACAAGAGCAAGAGGUGCUCUUCUAAGAAAAAGUCAUCUGAAAAAAAGAAAAAAAGGAGGUGGAGGUUGGAAGAAAAUCUCCCUGCUGUGCCUUACUCAAAAAUCCUGGCUCUGAACAAACCUGAGUGGCUGUAUGUACUUCUGGGAGUGAUUGCUGCUGCCAUCUCAGGUGGGGUCCAUCCUGCAUUUGCUGUUAUAUUUGGAAAAAUCAUUGGGGCUUUUCAAGAAACAGAUGCAGAAAAGAGGAGUAAAAACACUUUGGUUCUUUCUCUAAUGUUUCUUUUACUUGGAGUGAUUACUUUAGCUGCGUACAUAAUCCAAGGAUUCAUGUUUGGGAAGUCUGGGGAAAUACUAACAAUGAGACUACGCUCUUUGUCCUUCAGAGCAUUACUUCAGCAGGAGAUUGGAUGGUACGAUGAUCAGAAAAAUGCUGUUGGCAUUCUGUUAACUCGACUUGCUACAGAUGCUUCCCAAGUCAAAGGGGCAACUGGAAGCCGACUUGGACUGAUGACUAUGACGGUCUUUACCCUUCUGACUGCCAUCAUUAUUGCUUUUGUGUACAGCUGGCAGUUGACUUUGCUUAUCCUGGCCUGCAUUCCUUUCGUUAUUGCUACAAAUGCUGCAAGUGUUAGCUCUGUGUCUGGUCAUGCAGCAAAAGAUCAAAAAGCUUUGGAAGAGGCUGGAAGAAUUUCAACAGAAUCAGUUGAAAAUAUAAGAACUGUAGCUUCACUGACAAGGGAAGAAGCAUUUUAUGAAAAAUAUGUAACAAGUUUGAAUGGUCCAUAUAGAGAUUCUCUAACAAAAGCCCCUUUCUAUGGAUUUACCUAUGGAGUAGCUCAGUCUGCAAACUACUUUGUUAACGCAGCAGUCUUCAGAUUUGGGGCAUGGCUCAUUGCCCAUUGUUUGAGCAACUUUGAAAAUGUGUUUAUAGUCUUCUCUUCUGUCAUAUUUGCAGCUAUGAAUGUUGGUCAGUCUGCUUCCCUGGCACCAGACUAUGGUAAAGCUAGAAUUUCUGCUCAAAGAAUCUUUCAUCUUUUGGACAGAAAACCUCAAAUUGACAGUUACAGUGAAGAAGGUGAAAAAUUGAGUAAUUUUGAAGGCAACAUUGAAUUCAGAAACAUCAAUUUUGUAUAUCCAACAAGGCCAGAAGUUCAAGUUUUGCAAGGACUCACCGUGAAGGUUAACAAAGGACAGACUCUGGCAUUAGUAGGAAGCAGUGGCUGUGGCAAAAGCACAUCCAUUCAGCUCUUGGAGAGAUUUUAUGACCCUGCAGAAGGACAAGUGUUAGCAGAUGGAUUUGAUACUAAAUCUUUGCAUUUACAAUGGCUGAGGUCCAAGCUGGGUCUGGUGUCACAGGAGCCUAUUUUGUUUGACUGCAGCAUUGCGGAAAAUAUUCAAUAUGGAGACAACAGUAGGGUUGUUAGUCAGCAGGAAAUUGAAGCAGCAGCUAAAGCAGCAAAUAUUCAUGCCUUCAUUGAAAAAUUGCCAGAGAAAUAUAAUACCCGGGUGGGUGAGAAAGGAACACAACUUUCUGGAGGUCAAAAACAAAGAAUAGCAAUUGCCCGUGCUCUGGUUCGUAACCCUGCCAUUCUACUUCUGGACGAAGCUACUUCUGCACUUGACACAGAAAGCGAAAAGAUUGUUCAGAAAGCUCUGGAUAAUGCCCGGCAAGGUCGAACCUGCAUCAUAAUUGCUCAUCGCCUGACGACCAUACAGAAUGCAGACAUCAUUGCAGUGAUCCAGAACGGCAGGGUGGUGGAGCAGGGCACCCACAGCCAGUUACUGGCAAAGGAAGGACACUACUAUGCCCUUGUAAAUGCACAAGUCUCUAAUUAGUGCUGUUCGGACUUUUUUCACAUUGUCCUGGAGAAAAGAAAAAAGCUUACAGAGAAGUAAUGCUGGCUGUAUCUGCCAUGAUGGAACAAGGACUGGUUGCUCUACCUGUUGUAAUCUUUGGCCCAUGUACCUGGGGAAAUGAGCAGUGCAUGCCCAGGAGUGGUAGGUGCAUGGGGGCAUCCCAAGGUCUGAAUCUGCUGGGCAUUUGUAGGAAUCGUUUGAUCAGGAGAGAGCCAUAUCUGGACUGGUCUCAUCCAUUCUACUGGUUCUGGUGGGGUACCCAGGUCUUUCUGGCCCUUCAAAUCCUGACCCAUAAAGUUGGCACAGACUCUUGCACAUUGGUACAAGAGUGUGACAGCGACUAAGUGUCAUGGUUAAGCAGAGGGCUGGUAUUUAUGCUUGUCCCUGGGCUUUCUUCACCAACCAAAUGCAGCCAUAAAGUUUUCUUGAUUAUCUAGUAACUGUUGAUUCUCACAGAUGAGAUUCAAAAUAAAAUCAUUCCUAUUAAA